AUGUCGCUUCGUGCGUCGCUGAAGACCUUUGCGCUACUCGGUUCGACGUUGAUACCGGUGGUAACCGCAAAGGCCCAGCUCGUCAAGGACAGCGGUUGCGAUUGUUACAUGACCAAUGGCUCAAACGUGGCCUUCUACACUGACCAUCGGUUCUACGACUUCAGGAACCUCUCACAAUAUCAGGGCGUACCGGAACUUCUGACAGAUCCUGAUGACGCUGCCGAUGCAGACCCGACGAGUGGCUACUUCACAACAGAAGAAUGGAACAGCACUUGGGGGAUUCAGAGCUGGAAUAACAGCGGAUCUCUGACAGAUGGCACGGCGGCUGUGUUGAUGGUCAAUUCCCCGAACAACAUUUAUAUAUCACAAAACACGGACGACAGUCCCACGUCUCAUACGUACUUGGUCAUGCGGACGGCCCGCCAUCCGGAUUUCCAGUCCGCGGCAGAGAUGGAAAGCAUCGGGAAGGGUUAUCAAUUCUUAUCAGUGCGCAUGCUUGCGCGAACAAUUGGAAGUCCCGGGGCGUGCACGGCGUUGUUCACAUACAGGGGCGGAGACAAACCCUCUCAAGUACAGGAAGCCGAUAUAGAGGUUCUGACGGAGGGCCCGCGCAACAUGAUUCAAUAUACCAACCAGCCGUCCUUCACAGAUGGCAACGACAGCGACGACAUCCCUCAGGCAACGCGGAAUGCUACGAUGCCGAACGGGCUGGACUGGAGUGACUGGGCAGUCCAUAGACUGGAUUGGACGCCGAAGCAGAGUACCUGGUACGUGGACGGCGUUGAGGUCGCGAGCAUCUCGUUCCAAACGCCACGGGACCCGAGCCAGGUCAUACUGAAUGCGUGGAGUAAUGGAGGCGGUUGGUCUGGCAACAUGACUGUGCACGACGAAGCAUUCAUGCAAAUCCAGUGGCUAGAGAUGGUGUUCAACUCAACUCAGGAGGUUGCGGACUGGACUGAUACUGCGAAUAUCACAGACAGCAGCGGCGUUAUUAGCCGAAGAUCUGAUAAAGCAUGUAAAACUGUCUGCAGUAUCGACGACACAAUUAUCAGGGGCGUCGCUAAUAAGCUAUGGACCGGCGCCGCACCUGGACGUUUGUACGACCAGUCUGAGGUACUGGUACGAUGGAGAUCGGGUCUCGCCCUUCUAGCUAUGCUCUUCAUGGUUUAA